CAUCAUACUACCAUGUCUGUUAUUAAGAAAGCUAUCAUUAUCGGUGCGGGCCCGGCUGGCCUUGCUGCUGCACUCAAAUUACAUCGCGAGAACAGCAUCCAUGUUACAGUGUACGAGCUAAGACCUGAGCCAACUACGAUUGGUGGGGCCAUAGGCAUAUUUGCCAACGGCUUGCGCCUACUUCAUCGUUUGGGUCUGCACGACGCCCUCCUUGCCCGCGGCUCUUCCGUCGACAGAUUCCAUCUGCAAUCACUGCAGUACGGCAGCAUUGGCAGCACUGAUAUCUCAGCCUGGGCGGCGGAAAGGACUGGCUUUGGAUACUUGCGCAUUCUCCGGCGAGAUCUACAGAGCGUGUUGUUCGACGCCGUCCAUGAGGAGCAGAUUCCGGUCCAUUUCGACAAACGACUGGCCUCGAUCACGGAGGAUGCAUCCAGCGUGACGGUAACCUUCUCUGACGGCUCGACCGAGACAGCCGACAUACUGAUUGGAUGUGACGGAAUCCAUUCCAGCGUGAGACGUUUGCAUGUAGACCCGCCCUGCAAGCCCGAAUACUCCGGCAUUGCGGGUAGCGGUUCCAUUAUCUCGACGGCUGGUCUACCGGAGAAGCUUAAAACGUCGGCCAACAUAAUCCCCACCACCGUGGGGUUUAUGGCAACAUUUCCGUGUAGUGCGUCCGGGGACCAGCUUUACUGGCUGUUUUCGCGGGAGACGCCCAUUCCGUACUCUGAGUCCGGCAACGAGCGGGAUGGGUGGGAAGAGCGACGUCAACAAGAGAUGGAGAUGUUCAAGGCCACGAUCAGAGCAGUGUCGAAGCCCGCUCGAGGCGAAUGGCGAGGCAUCCUGACUGAAUUGGUGGACCGCAUGGAGUUUAUCGGGUUUUAUCCGGUCUUCCGACUCCCGCUGGGUGGUAAAUGGUAUACAUCUCGGGCAAUCCUGCUUGGGGACGCAGCGCAUGCAAUGCAGCCUCACGCAGGGCAAGGAGUGUCCAUGGCAUUGGAAGAUGUGUUCUUGCUCUCACGGGUACUGCAAGAGCAGGACUGGAGCUUGGACGAUGCGUUUGCCCGAUACGACGCAAUUCGUCGACCGCGGGUCAACGAGAUCUAUCAACUGGCAGCCAAGAAUGGGCAAGGCCGGAAAGCCAUCAACCCUUGGGCGUUGUGGCUGAAAGAAAACGUUAUGUGGGCUAGUUUGAGCCUGUAUCGUAUUCUGGGGUUAGAGUCGUGGGGCUUGGGCCAGAAACACCUCGUUUACGACGUUGAUGUGGUGGAGCUCUGAGCGAGUAGUUGCAGGAUGCAGUGGUGUGGUUUCCCAGGUAUCCAAUGAGUAAGGGUCAUGGUAUUAGCGGGAUU